GGGGAAUAUGCGGUCGCUGGUCUUGGGCAGGCAGCGCACCAAACCCUCAAUUCCAAGCUCUUUAAACGCACCAACUUCUUCGCUACUGGGCGGACAUUCCAACGAUUCCGCCUACCUCCUUUUUUCUCUCUUUUGCUCUCACUUUCCUUCACUUUCUCUCUCUCGCUGCCGAUCCGGAUCUCCAUCUCCUUACUCCUUCCCUUGCCUAAAAUGCAGAGCACCGCUUUCACUUUCUCUCCUUCCAUCUCCUCCAUCUCUCUCUCCAAACCUCUCAAGCCUGCCGCUUCUCUCUCUAGAUUCAGACAUAUUUCUCUCUCUUCUUCUUCUUCCAAAUCUCCUGAUCUCGCCUCUUCCAAUGGCGUCUCUGCUUCUUCCUCCGUUCGGACGCCGGCUGCGCUCUCCUCGUCGAGGUUCGGCGCGUUUGGUUCUGCUUCCUCCCUCGUUGAGGAUCGGAGGAGGGGUGAUUUGACGGUUAGGGCGAGUUCGGUGCCGGAGAGCGCCGGGGAGAGCGAGAAGUCGGGGAACUUGGUUCAGACGUUGCAGCUCGGGUUGUUGUUCGGUCUUUGGUACCUUUUCAAUAUCUACUUCAAUAUCUACAACAAGCAGGUUCUGAAGGUCUACCCAUACCCUGUAACUGUCACUGUGGUUCAGUUUGCAGUAGGGACUGUACUUGUUAUUCUUAUGUGGGGACUUAAUCUAUAUAAGAGACCAAAAAUUAGCAGUUCGCAGCUUGUAGCAAUCCUGCCACUUGCUGUGGUGCACACGUUAGGCAACCUGUUUACUAAUAUGAGUCUUGGGAAAGUGUCUGUUUCAUUCACUCACACAAUUAAAGCUAUGGAGCCCUUUUUCUCAGUUGUCCUCUCUGCUAUGUUUCUAGGAGAGUUUCCUACAAUCUGGGUGCUCUCCUCCCUUCUUCCUAUUGUUGGUGGAGUGGCGCUGGCAUCAGCCACUGAGGCCUCCUUCAAUUGGUCCGGGUUUUGGAGUGCAAUGGCAUCAAAUUUGACAAACCAAUCUCGUAAUGUUCUUAGCAAGAAGUUCAUGAUUAAGAAAGAGGAUUCAUUGGAUAACAUUACCCUCUUCUCAAUAAUCACAAUUAUGUCCUUUAUCUUGUUAGCCCCUGUGUCUAUUUUCAUGGAAGGCAUAAAUUUUACCCCUUCAUAUCUGCAGUCUGCUGGACUGAAUAUCGGACAGAUCUACAAAAGGUCUCUCAUUGCCGCACUCUGCUUCCACGCAUAUCAGCAGGUUUCUUAUAUGAUAUUGCAAAGGGUAUCCCCAGUUACCCACUCUGUGGGUAAUUGUGUUAAGCGGGUGGUGGUCAUUGUUACUUCUGUUCUCUUCUUCCGCACCCCUGUUUCACCGGUCAACUCAUUGGGCACUGGCGUGGCUCUUGCUGGAGUGUUCCUGUAUUCAAGAGUGAAGCGCAUCAAGCCAAAGACAGCUUGAAGUUCGUCAGACGAAAGUUUGUUGGUAACUUGGGUUAGACAAAGUUAAUAUAUUUUGUGGGAUUCAAAAAUUUAGUUGUAGGCCAAGCGGGAACUUAUCUACUCCUUUGAUUUUUCCUUUUUGUUUUGUGUUUUCUUUUUCUUGAGAUAAUUUUAUUCUUUUGCCAUAAUUCUGCUACGGCAAAAUGUGCCAAUAUCAGAUGAUUUUUCAUUUUGCCAUUUUU